AAGGGGUUAGUAAUUUGGGUGAACGCGGAGGAACCCAUUUAUUAUUGGUGUCCGGCACAAACAGGUUUUCAACCAUGGUUGACCAGAGAGAUGCACUUGGUACAUCAUGGCACGACAGCACAUGGAUCCCUAUUCUCAGUGCCAACAAUGUCAUGGACUACUUCGCGGAGCGCACAAAUCCGUUUUACGACCGCACGUGCAACAAUGAGGUUAUCAAGAUGCAGCGCAUCAACCCAGACCACCUGCAUAACCUGGUGGGCCUGGAGUACACGCUGCUGCACGUGCAGGAGCCGAUUCUGUACGUCAUCCGUAAGGAGCACCGCCACUCGCCCAACCAGGUGACGCCGCUGGCCGACUACUACGUCAUCGCCGGCAAGGUGUACCAGGUGCCUGACCUCGGCUCCGUCAUCAACUCUCGACUGACGUCGGCCAUCAACCACCUCCAGGAGGCGUUUGAGGAGGCUCGCUCCUUUUCACGAUACCACCCCUCCAAAGGCUACACGUUCGAGUUCAAAUCACAGAACGGACAGGAGCCGGAGACGAAGAAGCGGAAGAAGGAGACGGAGAAGGAGUUGGGCUCGGUGUUCCAGACGCAGCGUGUGGACAUGCUGCUGGCGGACCUGGCGCGCCGCUUCCCGCCCAAGGUGCCGCAGCAGCCGCCGCCGCAGCCGCCCGACGCCGACGUCAAGGCGGAGCCGAAGCAGGAGAAGACCGAGUCGGUGACCAGCGUGCCGUCCCAGGCGUCCGAGGUCAAGGCCAAGGCGCCCCCGGAGAAGAAGCCGCGCCUCGGCUGACCCGGUCGGCCGGGCUUGACGUGACCUCGGUGGCCGCAGCGGGGCUGGUCGGACGCUGACUGGGUCGCCCGCCGGCUGUGGAGGGGCCCCGGUGCGUGUUGGUGGUCAGCUCAGUGAGGUGGGAGCAGGUAUGCUCCAGCAAGUGGAUGGUGUGUUCCGAGUGUUUUUAUACGUGUCUUCAUUGUGGUCUGAUCUGAAGCUGCCGGCUUGUGGGGAACAAAGUGUGUUAGUAAUGUCUCAAUUUCGGUGUCCAUGAAGUGGAAAUCCUUUUCUCAAUACGGUGAACAAUGUUAAUACAGCGGCACAACUACUA